AUGUCGUUCAACAACCCCUUGGGCUUCAAUGUGUCCAAGGCUAUUCCGACAACAUCAACGACAAACACCAAUACCACUUCCACAGUAACUUCACAAACCGCCUCCCCCGCCCCAUCGAAGCAUGAAUCAGAGCCCGAAAGGCCCAACUUCAAGGAUGUUCAAGAGGCCAAACGACCCCCUAGUUCGUCAAGCUCAUCUCCAAAAGUGCUUCAGCCUGCAAUGGCCACAGGGAUAAGUGACGUGACCCCUACGACCGUCAGUGUCACCGAAGGAACGAACGGAUCGAGAGAGAAGACCGAUUUGAUUGGAUUAUUCGAUAAGUUCGACGUUAACAAGGCAAACGACAAAAACAACACGGAAGAGAACGAAGAGGCCGAGAUUGACUCUUUGGAGGAGAAGAUGAGGCAGUUCAAGCCAAAGGCCAGGCAAGACUCAAACAUGUCUACCUUGGACGACAAAGUUGAGGAGAAGGAGCAUUUGAGCACUCAUCUUGAGAGUGAUCAGAAGACAGAUGAAGUGUCACAUAUUGAAGGAGAUCAUUUGGAUGUUGAGGGAAAUGUAUCACAGGAGCCGGUUCAAGAGACUUCUGUGGAAUCGCUGGAUAAAGAUCCUAAGUCGACAGAGCACAAAUCUGCUGAAUCCACUCUGCUUAAUAAAGAUGAAAGCGACCUGACAUUGCCAGAUACAGGGGACCCUGCAAAUGAGGAGUCCCUGAAGCAGAAUACUGCUGCAUUCCAAACUAACGCCGAAAACGAAGAUACAUUGGAGGCACCACCUCUUGCUCAAACCGAAUACGAAGGGGCCGGAGAUGAGGAUGUGUUACUGGGCACGCAGCUGGAAACAGUUGAAGAUUUUCAGCUAAAGGACGAUGAGCUCUCUCUCGAGGCUCCGACUUCUGCACCUGUUCGUCCCAGAAAUAAGCGAAACAAUUCUAUCCAAAGAGCCUACAACACGAUUAAUCCCCAAGAACAAUAUCAGAAAUCGCAUAACCCUUUUGACUUCCAAACAUUCUUAUCCCACAUAAGAAAGAAGCCAGCCAACCCAAUUGUGCGUUACAUUAGGUCCUUUUUGGUUUCAUUUACGAGACAAGCUCCAAGCAUGAGUACAGCACAAAGAAUCAAGGCUGUGAGACAAUUUAAACAAUUCAUCAAAGGUAAGUUCGAGGAAUACGAGCCUUUUGCCUCAAUGAAUAACAAAGAUCUUGAAAAUUCCAACGAAGGUAUCGAGAAACUCAUCAUGAACCGCUUAUACGAAUACUGCUUCUCACCAGAAGUAUUCAAGAAGUAUGGAAAUCAAACUCAGGAAUCAUUCUUGCAGGACUUGAGAGAAGACUUGAAAUUUGCCAGCUGCCUAGACAAGUUCAGCUGGGUUCUGGGAAAUCAUCUCGAUAUUGAUCUCAACGAAAUUGCUCAAAGAAAGAAAGAGACUUCAAGUGACAGUCUCAAUUACUUGGACCAUGCUAUCAAAGAACUUAACAAGAUGAACAGCUACAGAGCACCUAGGGACAAGAUCAUCUGCAUUCUCAACUCGUGCAAAAUAAUAUUCAGCUUGCUUCGGGUAAGCAAACAAGAGACAAACGCUGAUGCGUUUAUACCACUUCUCAUACUUGUGAUCAUCCGCGCCAAAACACCUAAUAUCAUAAGCAAUGUUCACUACAUCGAGAGGUUCAGAGGAGAGGAAUGGUUAAUGCAUGGAGAGACGAGCUACUAUCUUUCGUCACUCCAGGGAGCUCUUUCAUUUAUUCAAAAUAUCACUAAGGACGAUCUUACUGUUUCAAGCGAGGAAUUCGACGCCAACAUUGAGGCAUGGGAGGCUGAUGUCAAGCAAAGGCCGCCCGAAUUGGUGAUUCCUGAGCCUCAAGCAUCUGAGACUAAUGCUGCACCGGUUAUACGACAAAACUUGUCGCCCUCUAGUGUCUUGAUGGCCAGCGCCGAAACGGUCAAGAACUCCAUCACUAAUUAUUUAUCGUCACCACCACCGCCAGAGUCGAAUGAAGAGCCACGAGAAAACCAGAGGGAAUCGGCGCCCGCGCCAGGCCCAUCAGAGGAAGAUAUUGACGCUGCUUUCCAACAGCUUUCAGAGAUGUUCCCAUCUCUUGACAAGAUAAUUUUGAGAGACCUCGUUGUUAUGAACGAUGCAAAGGUCGAGAAAACUCUCGAUAUUUGUUUACAGCUUGUUAAUGAGAGCUAA